CAACCAACUGGACAAGUAAUGGAUAUCAAGGUCAUCGCGUGUGUUGUUGUUGUCCUCGUGAGUAUUAGUGAAGGUGAUCUGGGCGUGCCAUUGAGGGAUCUUACCAACGGCAAGUUUCUCUAUACUCACGAAUCAAGGAUGCAGAAACGGGAAGCACUUGGUGGCGAUGUUAAAACAAAAAAAACUAUUAAAUCUAAUGAAGCAAUACCUGACUAUGACUCUGCUUUGGAUCCUAUUGAACCCUCGCCGGAUGCUGAUGAUAAUUAUGAUCCUUAUACCGAUCCUCCUCCAGAGCCUACCACCGCGAAACCUAAAACUAAAGCACCUACUAAAAAUCCGGUUAAGUCGCCGUCAAAACGACCUAGUCCUGGGGUCAAAAGUCCGCCAGCUAAACCUAAAACUCCUCCGACACCCAAACCAACUCCAACUCCUGGUCCUGAUACUAUGAAUAAUGAAGAUAAACCUGAAACGCCGGAAGAGUCCCCUGAUGAACCUAAAAAACCGGUUGAAAAGCCGGAAGAUCCGAAUAAAGUGGAUGAAAGUGAAGAGGAGCCUGUAAAGGGUAAAAAAAGUCCUAAAACUAAGAAUCCCGUUGAGAAACCAGAGCAUCCAAAUAAGAAGCAGGAGGGUCAGCCUGAACCUGAAGAUGAUAAAGAGCCUAAAACUCCUGAGGGAGAAAAUGAGAAUCCGGAAGAAGAACCGGAAAAUCCGGACGGUGAAAACGAGAAUCCUGAAGAAGAGCCCGAAAAUCCUGAGGAAGAAGAACCUGAAACUCCUGAGGAAGAAAAUGAGAAUCCUGAGGAAGAACCCGAAAAUCCUGAGGAUGAAAAACCAGAAGAAGAACCUGAAACUCCUGAGGAAGAAAAUGAGAAUCCGGAAGAAGAACUUGAAAGUCCAGAUGACAAUGAAAAACCUGAGGAAGAAAAUGAGCAACCUGAAGAAGACACCGAUGCACCAGAAGAACCUGUAAACAAUAAAAAAACUCCACAAAACAGGAAUAAACCUGACAAACCUAAAAAUAAUCCUAAUAAUGCUAAGGGAGCUAAAAAUAAGCCUCAAAAGCCUAAUGAUGAUAAUAAAUCCGAAGAACCAUCUGACAAUGAAGAGAAACCUGAAGACGAACAACCAGAUGAGCCUGUAAAAAAUACAAAACGCCCAAAAGAUAACAAGAAUAAACCUAAAGCUCCUCGAAACAAUAAGAAUAAACCUAAAAAACCUGCUGAAGAUGAAGAAAAACCGGAAGAACCUACUGACAAUAAUGAAGAACCAACAGAUGACGAAGGUAACUCCGAAAAUACAGAAAAACCGGAAGAACCAAAUGAGAAUGACAAUGAACCUAAAGAUGAACAACCGGAUGAGCCUAAUGAGCCUACGAAGAAUACAAAGAGUCCAAAAGACAAUAAAACUAAACCCCAACCUCCUAAAACUAAUAAAAAUAAGCCAAAACAGUCUGAAGAUGAUGAAAAUCCAGAAGAACCUACUGAUAGUGAUAACGAGCCUGAAGAACCAACAGAAAGCGAACCCGAAGAACCAAAUAACGACGAAAAAGAACCUGACGAGCCUGAAGAAGACGAGGAGCCCACAGAAAAGCCUAAAACCAAAAAACCUCAAAAACCAAGAAGCGAUGUUAAAUCUCGUCCUUCAAAUCGACCAGCUACAAGACCUCCUCCGCCUUUUCCAACGUCAGACCCCGAUGAUAAACCAAGUCCUCCAACUCGUCCAACUACAAGACCACCUCCACCGUUCCCCAGCCCAAAGCCAGCACCUAAACCCCAAAGACCAACGCGUAGAACACCUACCACCGAAAGUCCUGAAGUUGAUGACGAAGAUCAACCAGAUCCUAACGAAGAAGACGAACCGAACGAAGACCCAGCCACUGAACCACCAGCCGUAAAAGGUCCAAAACGACCUGGCGUUAAAAAUGCUCCGAAACCCUCUUCAAGACCUACGCCACCAAGCCAAAGUCCUUCACCAACCAGACCGACCAGACGGAAACCCAAAACCACUACCACUACCACUACUCCUGCUCCCGAUGACGAAGACGAUAAUCCUGAUACCGAUCCAGAAGCCUCCGAACCAGAAGAAGACGAAUAUAUCCCUACGACCACUCCUAAACCUAAACGACCUUCCGGAACUAAGCGACCAACCACUCGACGACCUCCUAAACGUCGCACCACUACUACACCCGCUCCAGAGGAGGAGGAGGAGGAGGAAGCAGAAGAAGAGCAACCCGAGGAGCCUGAAAAUCCUGAAGACCCCGAUUCAAAUCCGGCUCCAGACUUUUCUCCAAGGUUUGGUGAAGACGAUGACGAUGACGAAGACCCUAGUUCUCCAAACCCUUCAAAGUCUCCAUCACAGCCAGACAAUUCAGCGUACCCACAAAAUCCUUUCCUCAAUCCAAACAUGGGAGCUGGCAGUUUCGCGUCUGCUAGCGCAAGUGCUAAUGCUAAUGCUAAUGCUAAUGCUAAUGCCAAUGCUAACGCAUUUUCAUCAGCAACAGCACAAGGUCCCUGGCCCGACUAUGUGCUGAGAAAACUCCCUCCAAACCUACUUCCCGAUAAUUUCAACCGCAACCUUCCCUACCCCAUGCAACCGAGAAAUAAUUUCCCAAACAACCCAAACUUUGGUACAAAAGGUUCUCCCUCUUUUUCUGCACCUCCUUCUCAAUCUAAUCCCAACUAUACCCCAAUCAUCAGUAUGUCCGGCACAUUCGAUUUGAAUGAUCCUUCAUCGCCUUCUAAACGCAAAAAUCCUUUCUUGCCCGAUCGCAAAAGCAGUGGCCCUAACGGUUAUGGUUCUCCGCUAAACUCAAACCCAAAAAAUAACAAAAACAGCAAUAAUAACAAUAUUGACGGUAAAAAAAAUUCAAACAACGGGAAUAAUCCGGCAGGAGCCGGUGCACAGAGUUACGCAAGUGCCAGCUCAAAUGCCUAUGGAGGGACUGGACCUUUUGGCGGCUUCGGACCUUUCUCAUCCCCGUAUAUUAACGGAAGAUUCGGUGGAAAUGAUAUCAGCGAAUUCCCGUAUUUAGGAUCCGGCAAUGACUGGCUGGAAAAAGUUCAACGUCAAAACAGAGAGUGGUUAGAAAAAGUUCAAGCCCAAAAUGCGGCAUUUAACCGCCAAGCCGGAAGCAACCAAGGUCCUGGCGCGUGGGCAAUCGGCUCUGCUUCUAUAACCGAUUCUGCACCAUCGCGUCCUGACACUAGAGUUUUCACGCGUACACAUGUUACGUAUCCCUUGGCAAAUCCUGAUAUAACAUCGCGAUUCGCUGAUAGCUCAGCGCCCUCCGGUGGUCAUCGAGGUGGUGAUUCACACAGCUCUUUCUCAAGUUCAAGUUCAAGUCAACGCAUAGGACCUGACGGUAAACUCGUCUCUUACAAAGAAGUAAUUACUGGAACAGAUGACAACGGAAAGAAGGUUGUCCAUGCCAUCCAUAGUUAA